AAAUUUCUGCUGUGACAGGUAGGCGGUGACGUCAGCGGCUCCUGCAGGAAUCCAACAUGGCGGCUGCCAUGGAGCUGAGAUGCUGGGGAGGAGACUGGGGUCUGCCUUCUGUUCACACCGAGUCCCUCAUAGUUCUGGCGUACACUAAGUUUUCUGGGGCAGAAGUCACAGUUUCUCCUAUAGACUGGACGUGGAAAACGAUAACAGCCACCGUCCCAGAGUUGCUUUGUGGAGAUUCUGCAGUUCAAGAACCUGCGCAGAUUCUCAACUUCCUGAGGAAACAGAGGUUCAAUGCAGAUUACGAGCUGACUGCCAGACAAGGAGCAGACACAAUGGCCUACAUCGCUCUGCUUGAAGAGAAGCUGCGACCAGCUCUGUUGCACACUUUCUGGGUGGAUGCUGAAAACUACGCCAAUGUGACACGACCGUGGUUUGCUUCCCGCUCGCCGUUCCCGCUCAACUUUCUCGUCCCAAGUUGCCAAGCCAGCACCGCUCUGUCCCGCAUCCUUCUAACCAAAGGAGAGGCGCCGCUACACAGAAUCACAGAGGUGGAGGGAAAGAUCUACAGCGAUGCUAAAGAGUGCCUGAAUCUCCUCUCCUACAGACUGGGAACCGCAAACUACUUUUUUGGCAACUCGCCGACCAGUUUGGAUGCCUUCGUGUUUGGUUUCGUGGCGCCACUUCACAAAGCCAGUCUUCCCAGCAGCCCUCUGCAGAGUCAUCUCAAGCAGCUGGACAACCUCACACGCUUCUGUGACAGCAUCCUCGCAGUUUAUUUCAGCUCGGACCAUCCUUGUCCUCCCCCACCUGUUCAGGAAACAAUGGACGCCAACCUCCAGAAACUAACUCAGCUCGUAAACAAAGAGUCCAACUUGAUAGAAAAGAUGGAUGACAACCUUCGCAGCAGCCCACAGCACAAAUCCCACAGACCAGACCCCAAACCCAGCCUGUCCACUACAAAGAGCUCCACUCCUGCCUAGCACCUAACCUGUCACCCCUGAUCCAGCCUUAUGAUUCAUGGGAGCAAAACCCUGUGGAUGAAAGGUGCCGCUUUGAAUCUGACUCAACAUCCUGACAUCAAAAAAGUCACUCUAAAGCUGGACUUUAACUUGAAUGGAAAAUAACCUAAUAAUUAAUGGUAAUACGACUAUAUAAUUACUAGAGACUAUUUUAAGAUAAUGAUGAUAGAUUUCAAAGAUGCUUGUCUAAAAGAGAAGAAAAAGUGAAUGUGUGAGGUGUUUAAAAAAAAAAGGAGCGCAUGUAUGUGGUGAAGGAAAGAAUGCUAUGAAGUGAUGUUUGAUGAGAAAGACAUGGAAAGUUCAAGGGAAAGCCAAAGGAAAUGAAAAGUCCAGCAGGGAAAAGAUGUGUCGAUGUUUAACCUCUGAGUGGGCCACUUUUCUUUCAGGCUUUUACGUCUUUUGUUUAAGGGAAAUGUAUUUUCUGCUUAAGCUGUUCCCACACAGCAGCUGAUGCGACAUUAGGAGCAGGAAGACGCGGAAACUGCUGAAUUUACGAUAACUUAGUCAAUGCAGUCCAGUAGGAUGCUGGGAGAGAGAGUUGUAUUUAGUUCUCGUACGUUUUUGUGUGUUACCAUGGAGGAUUUCGGUUCUUUUGGCACCUGUCUGAGCACAUUUCAGUCCUCGUAUCUGCUGCAAAUCUAAAAACAUUACUGUACCGUGUCUGCAGCUGCGACUAUAGAAAUAGCUAUUUAGCUUCUUUAACUUUGCUUUCACCUCUUCUGCUGUAUAUAGCUUGUAUAGUUGUAAAUAAUGUCAUAAUAAUAAUCAGUGUGCACUCACUGGCCACUUUAUUUGGUACACCUCUGAGGUCAGACCAAUACAGCAGCUCGGCCAUAGUUUUUUUUCAUUCUCCAUCUUCAGUUUUUGUUGACAGUCAAAAGAGCGGCAGUUCUAAUUUAUCAAUAAAGUCAUAGCAGGUGGUGAUGAUGAACAUGUUCAUAGUAUUUUCUCUCCUUCAUGUAUGUUAGUGCUGUAGAUAAGAAUAUUAAGAACACAGAUGUGCCCAGUAAUGUGGCCAGUGAGUGUCAUUUCCUCUAAAUAGGGCUGAUCAGCUUGUUCACAACACACUGAGGUAAUAGAAGGGCCUUACACACUGUACUAAGUCAUUCAUGCAUAUUACUUUAGACUAACGUGUGUUUGUUUGUGUGUGCAUGUGGAAGUGUGUGUGAGAGAGUUGUUCUAAGAACUACCACAAACCAAUGUGUCUUUAAAUUGUUAUUUUUUCUUGUACAUGACAUUCUGUGACGUGAACAAUCCACGACUUCUCCACAGCCAUUUUUGUAACAUUUGCUGCAGUUGUUACUUUUGCUAUGUUCUCAUAUGCUGUGGUUAGUUCAUGGUCACCUUUAGAGUCCAACUGACACUAGUUUUUUGGGGACAAUGCCAAUACUGAUUUUUAGAGGGUAGAGAAACCCAGUAUAUUGGCUGAUAUUCUAUAACUAUAUGCAACAUUUUAGAGUUACUCUGAAAAUGGGAAAUGAUGAGGUCAUUAAGUAACUCUUCAGACGUGUAUUUCACAGACUAACUAGCAACUUACACUGAAGAUAACUCUUGUCUCUGCUACAUGUGCUGCAGACAGUGCUAAAUGGAUGCUAAGCUGCUCUGUUGGACAAAUUAUGUGAUAAGACAGUUUCUUUAGUAUACCAAGUAUCGUUUUUUCUGCAUUAUGUUCUAUUUAAAACAAAAAAGUUUUGAUAUCUGCAUGCAUUGGACAAAAUAUAUGCAAUCUGAUGCAGUUCUGAUGCAUCUGUGUUAGGCCAGUACAGGUCAGAUUCUAGUCACUUUGUUUAAACUGAGCAUCUAUCCCAUCUGGGAAUGUCUCAUUAGCUGCCUUUUGUUUCUUUGUUUUUACAGUCUGAUUAUUGGACUGUGGAAUGAGAUUUAUUUCACUGUAAUGCUCCCUAAUGUCCUCAUUGCUCAUGCAUGACUAAACUGUGUCUUCUCUGUUUAAUUCCUUUCAUCAUCUAUUUCAUUUUUUUAAAAGUAUUAUACUUGUAAAGAUACUUGAGCUCUUGAAACUUCCAACAAACCACUUCAUUGAUGCAUUCCCUUUAAAGCACCAUAUUCUGAAACAAAUAUGUUCAUUGGGGUGUUUGUGUUGCCAGUCGCAUGUUGUUGUUUGACAACUAAUCGGCUAGUAAGGAGCAUAUGGGUGCAGUGUGCCUUCAUGACUGCUGGUGUCUUUGUAGUGUCAAAAUGCUAACGGUGUCCUUCAUAUUUUGAUACAUGUGUCAUAAAUUAUCGUUAUUCCUGUUGUUCAUAAUCUCUGGGCAGUUGAUAUCAACUGUCUUCAUGUUAUUGAAAUACAAACAGUACAAUGCA